AUGUGGGGACCAGACUUUCAACUGGUGAAACUGCCCAACCUGUUGCAGGUGGUCCCCACAACCUCGCGCAGAUGGUUGUGGAACGUGACGACUGCCCUCACCGAGCUCGUUCAAUGUCAGACGUGUGUGGGGAAGACGGACGCCGCCUUGACUGUGGAUUCCUUCACGCAGGCUGUCCAGGCCAUGUCCAAGCUUAGCAAGGCAAAAGUUGGGCCCAUGCUUGAGGCUGAUCUCCGUGCGAUGACCGAUAUUAGCGAGACGACAGGGAACUGUAUUCAAAUUGACCAGAUGGUCAAGAAGCUCAUGGAAUGCAACCGCCGCUUGAUGGCCCUGGCCAGUUCAGAGCAGAAGGAUGGGCUGCAGGUCUCCUUUAUGAAGCUUUUGCUAUCUCAGGGCCUUGAGUCUUCCCUGCGGCAAAUGGACGGGUCUGUAAGGUCUACUUUGGAUCGCUCAGCCGGGGCGCUCAUCCGCGCUUUGGAGGUUUGCAGCGAUUUGGUCAAUCUUGAGUAUGUGACUGUGGACUUGGACUUGGACAGUUCUCCUACCAAAGCCUCUGUUCGUCAGCUCUUCAACCGGUUGAUGCAGGUGCAGCACCUGAGUGAUGAAGUCACGGAUCUACAUUCAUUUGCUGGGUUCAAAGACAUCAAAGUCUGGCAGAAAGAAUUGCUUGGCGCCGUGGCUCAAACCAUCAAGUCCCUAACUGAGACUCUUCUGGCCGAGAAGGAGAAGCUCAAACCCGUGUUUGAGAAGUACGGGCAGAUUGUCAAGGAUGUGUUGGUCUGGGACGAGGACUUUUGCGCGGCAUGGUCGCAUGGAUUGUUGGCUAUAGGCUAUGGCUAUGAUGCGAUCAAGCGGACGCUGGGCCCCAGCACCGAUACCGAAGCAAACCAGAAAGCUCAAGACCUGGUGAACGAUUUA